AGGGACAAAGAACUAUAAAGAGAGAAGUGUUUAAAAAAAAACAUAGUAGGAGAAUUGAAAAAGGAAGUUCUGGAUCAGUAACUUAGUCUGCUCAGCUAAACCUGGACAGUUUCAGGACUAUCUUGUGAAAUGGCUCUCCUGAUCUUUGUCUUGGUCUUAACUUUUAUCCAGGUGGAAUUUGAAAGCGUUUCCGCCUCAAAUGUCCUCUUUGGCCCAAAGCAGAUAACUGGAUUGGUGGAAGGUUCCGUGAGUAUCAAAUGUUUCUAUCCUCCCACGAGUGUGAAUAUUCAUUCCAGGAAGUACUGGUGCAGGGAAUCAACAAGACGUUGUUACACCUUUAUUUCAUCUAAUGGUUUUGUUCUCAAAGAUUACAAAGACAGAGCCUCCAUAACUGACUUUCCGGAGAAUGGCAUGUUCAUCAUAGAAAUAUCAGACCUGAGAUUCAAAGAUAUGGGUCUAUACAGAUGUGGCAUUGGUUUAAAUGACUAUGGAUUGUCCUUUAAAGUCCAGCUGGAAGUUACUCAAGACCAAGUACCACCCGAGGAAGCACAACUUUAUUAUGCUGAGCAGCAAAAAACAGUGACCAUGACCUGCAACUUUGGUGUGCAGUAUGCAAGUUACAGGAAAUACCUGUGCAAGAUGACAAAGAGCAACUGUUACAAUGUGAUUGAUACAUAUGGAAAUGUGGAACCAUCCUACUUAGGAAGAACUCUGUUGACCAAUCUUGGUACACCUGGAGCUUUCAGUGUCAUUGUGAGCCAGUUAAAGAAAGAAGAUUCAGGUUUAUAUCUUUGUGGAGCUGGGAAUUAUGGAGCAGAUGGAGAAUCCAAAAAGUUAGAUCUACAUGUCUAUGAAGAUGGAUUGGCACCUAAACAACAGUCAGUGUUAAAUGGAGUCCAGGGUGGCUCUGUGACUGUUGAAUGUCAUUAUAAUCCAAAAGAAAACAAUACAUUGAAAUACUGGUGCAAGUGGAAAAAAAAUGGAUGUACUGAAUUAAUAAGCAAUAAAGGCUUUGUGCUGGAUUCCUAUGAGGGAAGACUUAUGAUGCAUGAUGAUCCAGAAAAUGGCACAUUCACUAUCAUACUGAACCAACUGCAAAAGGAUGACAUAGGCUAUUACUGGUGUAUGACUGAUGGAAAAUCGGAAAGGAAGUCCUCAGUAGAGCUGAAGAUUGUAGAAGGACAACCUUCAUUACUAACAAAGAAACAAGUUCGCGCUGUUGCUGGCUCCUCUCUGACUAUAUCAUGCUCUUAUCCAUGCAAAUAUUUUACAUAUCAGAAAUAUUGGUGCAAAUGGAAGAACACUGAAUGUAAACCACUCAUCUUAUCUGAACAAAACCAGACCGGCUUGGUAGUUAGCUGUGACAAAGAUAAUAGAAUUUUAACUUUGAGCUUUGACCAGGUGGCACCCACGGACCAAGGAUGGUAUUGGUGUGGUGUUAAACAUGGACAGCAAUAUGGAGAAACAGCUGCAUUGCAACUGCAAGUACAAGGAGUACUUCUAAAUUUUGAAGAAGCAUCCAGAAUCAAUGAAGACCCCAAUGAAGAGAUUGUCAUUCCUGGAAUAAAUCCUGUUAAUAGGAAUUCUCCCUUAGACAAAGCCAAUCAGGCAGCUGAAAGUGGAACUUCCUCAGGCAGCCAUGGUGAAAAUAAGAACUCUGUUGUUCUUCUUGCCACUUUGAUCCCCUGUGGAAUUGUGUUUCUGCUUCUUAUCACUGCCUUUACCAUAAAGAAGUUCAGAUUAUUUAGGAAUUCUGAUCUUGUAUCAGUUGGAAGCUACAGGACAAAUAUCAGCAUGACAGAGUUUGAGAAUGUGAGACAGUAUGGGGCAAAGGACAAUGCACAAAUGGAAGACUUUCAUGAGACCCAAAUGGGAAAGAAGGAUGAGCAUUCAGACAGUCCUAAGGGUAAACCAAAGAGGGGUUCUAAAGAGGAAGCUGAAAUGGCUUACACAACAUUCCUGCUUCAGUCAGAAAACAUUUCUUCUCAAGUAUCCUCAGAUCAAUCAUCUGCAUAAUCUCAUUUGGGAGAGCUCUGCAGAUCAGUGAAAACUAAUUAUGCCUUAAUGAUUGAAGACAGAUCAUGACUGGAAUCAGCAAAUGCAUUCUUAUACUCAUUUUGAUAAUUUCUCAGAUAAUUUCAGUGUCAUCACAACUUAUCCAAUUACACACUUCUGAGUCUGAUAUAUUGGUUUAAGAGUUAAACAGAUUUACUCAAAUUGAACAAUAACCUUCUUAAUCUUAUAAAUAUAACCAACUGUGUUUUGAAAUGAUAUUCAGAAGUUUUGCAUAUGUGAUUUGGUUGUCUUCCUAUAAAAUGCAGAAAUUCUACAGAUCCUAAUGGUAAUGUGUUUUCAUAAAAUACUGGGUUAAUCAGGGGGCAAAGAAGGAUUCCACUCCCUCCCCAUUAGAUUAACCCAAGAUUAAGUAUACCGUAUUUACUCUGGAAAGCUCAUCAAAUUAUCUUUUUUUUUUUUCAUUUUGACAACUUUAUUCUGAUGUCUAUAGGCAGAGCAAUAAUAGCUAGUGGUCUAAGUACAUUUCAGGACAGGACAGGGAUUUUAAUCACCUGACUCUAGCUCUAGUGCACCCUAGACCUUCAUCUGGGAGAAAGGAAGACAAUGAAAGCAAUGGCUUCACCUCUGGGCUGGGCUUCACAUCUAAACCAUUGAUCUUUUGAUGCAAGGCAGUAAAAUUGAUGAAUUAAAAUGUAAUCCUGAAUUAGUUGCACAUUUUGGAUGUGUGUGUGUGUGUGUGUAUGCAUACAUACAUACGUACACACACACACAUACAUAUACACAUGCACAUAUAUACUGUAUAUCCAUUGAUAGCAGCAGUCACAGCAACAAUUACACCUAUAAUACAAUAAGACUAUGGUUGAAUAGGGGUCUCCAAUGAAUGCCCUCUCUUUGGCCCUUUUACAAUUUUACAAAGGCUCAGGCGACAAUACACUUAAAAACUCCAUUGAUACCAAAUGUUAGAAUGCUUUAAGUGUAAAUAUAUUUAAGAAUGGGACAACCUAGAAAAAACCCUGAGCAACAGGCAGAAUUAAAUCUCUUACUUUAAACUAAAUCCCAAGAACUAAAUAAAGUAGACUCACUGCUACAUCUGAAAAACAGAAAAAGCCCAAGCACAAAAGUGCAAUAAGAAUAAAAUAAAAAAAUAUUUUUGUUUUGUGUGUUUUAUUGUGCAAAUUAACAGCCUGAGUAUUUCCAUGAUGACUGCAGCUGUGUAGUCUGCAGGCCCUCUGCAGAUAGUUGUAAUUUUGCAACCAUCUCCAUCAGACAAAAGUGCUCAAUAAAUUAUUAACUGGGUGUACUAAAAUAUUCCGCAUUCACGACAAUGAAUUUGAUUAAAACCAUGUAGAAUAAUCAUCCUCCUAUAGAUAUUUUCAAGUCAAAACUGAAAGCAAAAGCAUUUGUUACUGAUUAUGAUCCCUGAAUCCUAAGUGAUCCUCUGCUGAAUUUAGCUAUUGAUGUGCUUUUGAAAUUUUUAAAAAAAACCAACAAUGAACCAUCUUUUGUAAUACUAAUGAUUUUAUUUGAUCAUUAUGGAAUAAAUGAGUUGAAGACACAUAUAAUGUUUAUUAUGUUAUGAUUUCAUCAAUAAAUAUUUAAUGAAGCA